GUGACUGCUGCUGAGCGAUCUUGCCGCGAUGGCCGACUACGAGUACACGCACGUGUCUGACGACGAGAAGCUCAAUAUCGCCAACCACCUUCUGCUCUCGGCGCCGCCGGGCGAGAUCCGCGACGUGGCCAAGGAUGUGACCAAACUCUUGCCCGCUGGCCUCUUGUCGGAUGCCAAGCUUCGUAGUGCGAUGCAUGCAUACAACACGAAGAACUGCGUGGGCGUCAUGGCGCCAGAAGGCACGCACCGUGUCAUCAUCUGCAAGGAAGGCGAGGUCGACCCCACGCACUACUUGGACACGAAGACCAAGAAGGUAUGGGGCUUUGACCACGUGACGCAAGAGCUCCAAGCUCAGGACGCGCGCGACGCCGCCGAUUUGUUUGUGCUGCCGGCAGAGCCCUUCCGCCUCGCGGUUCACCAAGCGCUUGACGACUACGCUUUUACGCAGUUUGCCAACCAAGGCGCGGUGGCCGUCUAUGCGACGAGCCCACAGGAGCUUGCGAUUGUGCUCUCAACCGAGCGCGUGAACCUACGCAACUACUGGUCGGGGCGCUGGAAGUCGCAGUGGACGCUGAACCUCGAGACGCGAGUGCUCACGGGCGCGAUCGACCUGCAUGUGCACUACUACGAAGACGGCAACUUGCAGCUGCAGAGCCACAAGUCGACCGAGAAGACGUUGACCUUCCAUGACGCAUCGACUGUCGGUGCGGCCGUUGUCCAGGUCAUUCGCGACGAAGAGCACGUCAUCCACAGCAACCUCGAGGACAUGUACAUCAACAUGUCGGAGGAAACGUUCAAGGAAAUGCGCCGCGUCAUGCCAGUGACGCAAACCAAGAUGGAGUGGAGCAUCCACGCUCACCGCACGGCCAAGGACCUCGGCCAGCAAAAGUAGGCAGGCACUCUCGAAUUCAUACGCUGUUUUCUGCUCGCCUCUGUCUCUUUCCAACAGCCAGUGUUUGAACCGCUGGAUUCCAGUGGACGUACUUGGGCCACUUGCCAUCCCCAACCCAAUGCUACUACAGCGGCAUCGCGAACCGGCUGCUCGACCGGUCCGACGGCUCAUGCAACGUAAAUCCACGAUCGACUCAUUCUUCCGUUGAGUCGCGACAGACAAAAUCCGCUGCGACGACGUUUUGCCAAAAUGGGUGAAUCCUGCGUUUUGUAUUGCGCCGUUGUGUGGGUGACAUUGCAGAAUUGGUUCUCGAAA